GGAGAGGGAGAGGGAUUUUAAACAAGCGAUUCAGAAUUUAGACGCACCUCUCUCUUUCUACUCUUCCGUUUUCUAUCCGGUUGCUCCAAUUUAGGGUUUUAACUUUAUCUUCUCUUCCUCUGCUUCGUUCUAUAACUCCCAACAUGAGCAACGAGAAAGAUAACCUCAGCAUGGCCGAUCUCAAAUCCGCUCUUAAUGAGGAGGAUCGAGCAGGGCUUGUUGACGCCCUCAAGAGCAAGCUGCAUUCUCUGGCCGGUCAGCACACUGAUGUGCUUGAGAAUCUGUCUUCUAAAGUGAGACAGCGUGUUGAGAAUCUAAGGGAGAUCCAGAGCCAACAUGAUGAACUGGAGGCUAAAUUCUUUGAGGAGAGAGCAGCUCUUGAAGCCAAAUAUCAAAAGCUGUACCAACCCUUAUAUGCCAAGAGAUAUGAAAUUGUGAAUGGCACUGUUGAAGCUGAUGGAGCUGCAAAUGAAGCAGCUGUGGACCAAGAGGAGGAUAAAGCUGCUGAAGAAAAGGGUGUGCCUGAUUUCUGGCUCAUUGCAAUGAAGAACAAUGAUGUGCUGGCUGAGGAGAUAACUGAACGCGAUGAAGGAGCUCUCAAGUAUCUCAAGGAUAUUAAAUGGUGUAGGGUAGAGGAACCUAAGGGAUUCAAGCUUGAGUUCUUCUUUGAUCCCAAUCCUUAUUUCAAGAAUACUGUCUUGACAAAGACGUAUCACAUGAUUGAUGAAGAUGAACCUAUUCUUGAGAAAGCAAUAGGGACGGAUAUUGAAUGGCUUCCUGGAAAAUGCUUGACGCAGAAACUCCUGAAGAAGAAGCCUAAAAAAGGAUCAAAGAAUGCCAAGCCUAUCACAAAAACCGAGGAAUGUGAAAGUUUCUUCAACUUCUUUAGUCCACCUCAAGUGCCUGAAGAAGAUGAAGACAUUGAUGAAGAUACUGCUGAGGAGCUUCAGAAUCAAAUGGAGCAAGAUUAUGAUGUUGGAUCGACCAUUCGAGACAAGAUCAUUCCACAUGCUGUGUCUUGGUUUACUGGUGAGGCUAUUCCAGGAGAUGAGUUUGGAAUAGAUGAUGACGAUGAUGAUGACGAUGAUGAUGACAUCGAUGAAGACGAGGAUGAUGAGGAUGAAGAAGAGGAUGACGAAGAUGAAAGCAACACCAAAAAGUCCUCAGCUGGACAGAAGCUUGGAAGAACGCAAGCUGGAGAUGGUCAGCAGGGCGAGCGGCCUCCAGAGUGCAAGCAACAGUAGAGUUGAUUGCUGCAGAGUAUGUGAAGUAGAUGAAUCCAAGUUGUUUGGAAGGGGUAUAUGAAAGGGGAGAGGAUUUGAAAUUUUGGGUGGUUCUCAAUUAUUUAUUUAAUUUAUUUUCUGUUUAGUCAUUAUGAACAAUUUGGUUUGAAGAUUUCCUCUUUUCCUUUACCCUCUCGGUAUAGAGGGAAAAUAUGAUCAAAAUUGUUAGAAUCGCUUUGUUUUUAGUUGAUGUAUGGUGGGAUUUUGGUGGAUGUGGAUGUUUCAUGAACUCCUUUAUAAUAGAAAUCUAUCUUUAUUCGUCUUAGUA